CUCUCUCUCUCUCUGCCUCCUGUUUUCUUUAAGGGUGUUUUUCAAAGCCCUUUUUCCCAUCUCCUCCUCCUCCUCCGAGCACUCAGCCAAGGUGGGAAGGAGAGACUAUCUGUGAUCUGAACUGUGUUCUUUACCAGCCCUCGGGGAGGAGUAGGGCAUAAACAACCUAGCAGCAGCAGCAGUAACCACACAGGGAACAGGAGAGUCUCCACAAUGAACGGCAUAAGGACUCCUCAGCAGUGCACCAGCGGACAGCGGUUCACAGUCAAUGAAAAAGCCCCAGCACCUGCAUCGCUUCCAGAGGGACCAAGCCCCAGUCCACAGUCCAAGGAGGAACUGAUGUCUCCAGCAUCAAGGGAACAGUUCCAGGCCGAGCAGGAAGCAGAUGACAGCCUUCAAAAAGCUUGGGCAGCGGCACGGAGCAUCCCACCGCUACCACCAUGUCAAGGCUGUAUCCCCACUUUGAACUUUAGGCCCUGUGAGGAGGAUCCAAGAGAGGCUGCAAAGAAAGGAAGAUGUCUCCGGGGGAAGAGCCUGCUCCUGUGUGCUCUCACGCUCAGCACUGGCCUUGGGUUUGCAUUGCUUCUUGCCUACACCAUCCUACACCAGGGCCUGGGUACAAGACAUGACAGUCUUUCUCCCUUCCCUCGCACCCGACCCACCAAACCUUGUGACACCGAGGAGUGUCUCACGCUCCUGGCCAGACUCCUGGAGGUGAGAAAUGCCACCAUAGACCCCUGUGAGGAUUUUUAUGGCUACGCCUGUGGCAACUGGGAAGCCAACCACUUGCGCACGGGGACUAUGGAGUCAUCAAAUGUGUUUGAUGUCCUGCUGGAAGAAAACCAGCUGAUCCUGAAGAGGCUCUUAGAGGUUCCACAGCUCAGGGUUGGAAGUUCAGCCAAGGAAAAAGCCAUCCAGUUCUACCACUCCUGCAUGGAUACCCAACAGAUAGAAGCAGAAGGGGCUCAGCCCUUGAAGGAGCUUAUAAAUCAGGUUGGUGGCUGGAACAUCACAGGCCCCGAGAAACAGACCGAUUUUAACCAGACCCUGCAAACACUCAUGGGCAAAUACAACACUUUCCCCUUCUUCAGAGCAUAUGUGGGACCCAACUCUUCUGACCCCAGCACCAAUAUCAUCCAGAUUGACCAUCCUGAGUUUGAGAUGCCACCAGAGAGUGACUACAAUGAAAAAGCAAAUUAUCCCGAGGUUGUCCGUGUGUAUUUCUCAUACCUGAUGAAGCUGGGGACACUGUUGGGAGGGCCACAGAAUGUUACCUCCACCUUCAUCUCCUUCGCCUUGUCCUUCAUCUCCAACCUCCAGAAGGAGGUCACCCCACUGCAGAAACGGCGGGAGAGAGGGAUGCUGUUCUAUCACACCACUAUCAGGGAGCUGCAGGAAAAGGCACCCGCGAUCGAUUGGCUGUCAUGCCUCCAGGCAGCCUUCCAUCCUGUACAGCUGAACAUCUCCCAGCCAAUCGUAGUGCAUGACAUGGAUUAUUUGAAAGGCAUGUCGCGGAUUAUUGGAAAAUGGCAGAAGGGGAGUGUCCUACAGAUCUAUAUGAUCCUCUGCUUGGUUGGAAACCUCUCCCCAGCCCUCGACAGCCGGUUCCAAGAUGCACGCAGGGAGCUGUUUGAAAAGCUGCAUGGAAAGACAGGGGAAUCUGGGAUGGUACUGGCCCAUCGCUGGAAGAAAUGCCUGAGUGACACCAGCACCUUCUUUGAGCCUGUCCUUGGGGAGAUGAUUGUGCAAGAGAUUUUCCCUCAAGAGACAAAGGAACUCGCUGAGAAGAUGUUCUCUGUGGUCCAAGAUGCCCUCAACAGUCGGCUGGAUCAGGUGGAGUGGAUGGAUGAGCAGACCCGACAAGAGGCCAAGGACAAGGUUUCUAAGCUUCAGGUAGAAAUUGGCUAUCCAAACAGCAUCCUCCAAACUGCUGAAAUGGACCAGGAAUUCCAGGAUCUGGAGAUACAUGACAAUACCUUUUUGCUCAAUGUGGUGGCCUGCCUGAAGGCUGUGAGGGAAAAUUUCUCCCUGAGGCUCCUUCAUCCCCACCUGCAGGAUAAUUGGGAGGUCUUCCCUUGGUCUGUCCAUUCCUACUACUCAUUGAGGCGCCACGCCGUGGUCUUCCCCGCGGGAAUGUUCCGCAGCCCCUUCUUCCACGCUGAGUUCCCCAGCGCUGUGAACUUUGGAGCCAUGGGAGUCAUCAUGGCACACGAGCUGCUUCACGCAUUCUAUGAUUACGUGGUGCUUGAGAGCUGUCCUAGAUGCAACAGGGAUGCAUUAGUGCGGGGUACAGACUGCCUGGUGGAACAGUAUGAACGCUACUCUCUGCAGGGCCUGAGAAUCAAUGGCACUUUCACCCUGCUGGAGAAUGCAGCUGACACAGGAGGACUCGCCAUCGCUUACCAGGCCUAUAAGAACUGGCUGAAAAAGCACAAACAGGAGAGGAAUUUACCCGGGAGUGGACUCUCACACCAUCAGCUCUUCUACAUCAGCUUUGCCAAUGUAAUGAACACCCUGCUGAUCUUAUUCAUCUUGUCUGUCUCAGCCCAUCUGGCCUCUUUUAAUGUAUCUUCCUCUCAUACUUUCUCUCUCUGGUUUGUGUGUCUGAUCAUCACCAUCUCCCUUCCUCCUGGUCUGAGUCUCUCUCCCUACUUCACAGCACUGGACUGCUCCGUAAAUGCUGAUCAAAGGCCUCACUGAAGACAUACAUCUUACACUGGGCUCUGAAGCGAUAUCAGACUGUCAAAGGGAUCAAGCACAACAGUCUAUCUACUAUCCAUCAUUUAAGGUUUAUCUAAGGCAGCAGUCACUGGAAUAUCUAAGCACCCUUGGUUAUGAUGACUGAUGAUAAUGAAAGAAAAAAAAAAGAAUGAUAUUUAACUUGCCCGUCAAAAGAUAAUUUACUUACCUGGGAAGAGUGGGCAAGAAGAAAUUUAGGUUUGCAGGAAGGAAAAGACAGCAAGAGUGAACCAGCACUGCCACCAUGAUGGGCUUUAGGGAGAGAGCUGAUCAAGUAUUUUGGUGAUAGGGGUCAAGUACAUGGAUGGAUGGAUGGAGUGAGAUUUUUCAGGUACCUUCCUCUUCUCAAGGUUAGGAUUUAUACAUAACCAAACUCUUGAGCUGCAAGUGAAGUGCACUUCAUAGAUCACUGGUGUUAUGUUCUCAUAGAGAUUCAGGGAUCAUAGAGAUCAGCCAUUGUAUUCCACACUAGCUGGAGCUUCAGGGUGCUUAUUGAUGGUAGGCUUCUGAGAAGAGUGCAGAAGAAGGUGAUCCAAUCCUGAGGCUACAAAGCGUUGGGUCACUCUGGUAAGGUCUGCAUUAGAGAAGGGAUGUGGCAGCUCUAGGACCAGCUGUCAGUGAAUGCAGGCAGGAUUAACCAGAGUGAUCAUCUGGGCUUCCAGCAACAGUGAUGAGUCCAGUAUGACCCAGACACUGCAAACCACCUGAAUAAAGGCUGGACACUCCCCUCCAAAGAAUGGCAUAUUCACAGCACUACCUGUCCUAUAGGUGCUUCCCCUGCCAGCCAACAUAAUUUCUGCCUUGUCGGGGCUGUGACUAAAUUAACACACUGAAAUAACAUAGUGAAGAGUUUAGAACAGAUAAAUAUGGAUAGAUGGAACUCUUCCCGUCUACCAUGCACUAGGAAAUGGCAGUAUCCAGGUGUGAAUAGAAGAACAUGUAGAUCUGAGUGUCAUCCUCUCUCCUGGCACUGUUGUCCAGCAUAUCUCUCUGUCUGCCCUGUCUCCUCAUGCUCAUGUUGUCCAGGAAGGAUGACAAGCUGGAACCCUGCAGAACCUAUGUGAGGGCUCGUGGGCAAGUGAGCCUUUGGGAUCAUUCUUAAAUGCUGACAUGAUUGUUUUGUUUCCCUCCAG